AAGGGCCUCCAAAGUGAGGCCUGGCACUGAGGGCAAGUCUGUCAGGCGGUGUGGCAGAUGGUACGGCCGCGAAUUAGCUCGGGCGUAGUGUACGGGUACUCGUCCACUCCUUCUUGCAGUUAUCCUCGCUCUUCUCCCACGGCGCCUCCGGGAGGCCUUGGCGCCCUGAGCGCCCAAGCGAGUGUCUGUCGGCAGGUUCGUAGAGGGCCAUGGAGGUGCCGCCGCCGGCGCCACGGAGCUUCCUCUGCAGGGCGCUGAGUCCUUUCCCUCGGGUCUUUGCUGCCGAAGCUGUGGCCGCCGAUCCCAAGGCUCUUGUGAAAGACCAGAAGCUGCCUUCCUACGUCCCAGAACCCCAAAACCCGGAAUCCGGAUGGGACCGCCUCCGAGAGCUGUUUGUCAAAGAUGAGCAGCAGAGAACGUCAAAAGAACUUCAGGAUAUUUACAAGGCGGCAAUUUCAGCAGGCGUCAUUGGCUGGGCAUAUGGGGGGAUACCAGCUUUUAUUCAUGCUAAACAGCACUAUAUUGAGCAGAGCCAAGCAGAAGUUUACCACAACCAGCUUGAUGCAGUGCAAUCUGCACAUCGUGCUGCCACACGAGGCUUCAUCCGGUACGGCUGGCGCUGGAGUUGGAGAACGGCCAUGUUUGUGACUAUAUUCAAUACAGUGAACACUGGUCUAAAUGUGUACCGAAAUAAAAAUGCCCUAAGCCAUUUUGUCAUUGCAGGAGCUAUCACUGGAAGUCUUUUUAGGAUAAACUUAGGCCUGCAUGGCUUGGUAGCUGGUGGCAUAAUUGGAGCCUUGCUGGGCACUCCUAUAGGAAGCCUGUUGAUGGCACUUCAGAAUUACUGUGGUGAGACAGUUCAGGAGAGAAAACAGAAGGAUCGAAAAGCACUCCAGGAGCUGAAACUGGAAGAGCGGAAAGCCAGACUACACUUUACUGAGCUCCUCCCUGAAGAAAUUGAAAGUAAUUUACAGAAAAAUCGAUCCAAGGCCGAUGCUAAGAAAAUUGAAGCACUGCUAAAUCUCCCUAGAAACCCUUCGUCAGCAGAUAAACAAGACAAAGACUGAACAUGCUCUGGACUUAAAACUCACUGGAGAGUUGAAAGCUGUGUUGCUAUGUCCAUUGAAUGCCAGUUAGUUGGGCUGCUGACAGAUGUAAGUACGGGCAUCUGUAGUGGCAGUGACUUGCUCUUACUUUUUUUUUUAACCAAGAAUUGGGCUACUGUACUCUUACUUUACUCAUCCUUAAAUUUAAGUACAUACUUUUAUCUACAUUGAUCUAUAUAUUUGACAUUAUAUCUAUAUUGAUUGAUCAAUAUAGAUUUCUUUUCCCUGGAUUAUACAAUAGUAAAUUAAGAUUUCCCAAAAGAUUAAAGUUGAAUUGUACAGGUUGUAAAUUUAUUCUUGUAGCCCUUUAAAAGAGUACUGUAGGGAUCACUAGGAAGGAGAGGAAGGAACCAGGUAAGGCAAAUGGUCUGUGAAACCCUUGCACCCUUGAGUCCUAGAAACAGUAAGGACCUAAAUGUGUAGUCGUGUUUGGUUCUGUCUUAAUAAAAAUCAAAGAUGG